AUGGAAGAUAUUUCAACUAUCAAAAAGCUAGAAGGAUUAUCAGUUCAUUGCGAAGAUAAUAAUAAUAAUAAUAAUAAUAAUAACAAUAAGGAAAAUAUAAAUAAUGAUGAUAAUAACAUCAAUCCAAAUCGAAAUGCAACAUCAUCACUUUUAAAAGGAAAUAUUCAACAAGUUAAAAAGAAAAAAGUAUUUGCUAGAUUACACUUAUUUAAUAGAGAUGGCACUGUUAAACAAAUUGUUGAAAUGAGAAAAUAUAAAUUUAUAAUUGGAUCUGAUCAAAAAUCAACGGAUAUUUUAAUAACAAGACCAGGUGUUUAUUCAAAUCAUGCAGAGAUUAUUUAUGAUAAAGAAGUUAGAAAAUUUUAUUUAAAUCCAUUAGUUGAUCCAAGUAUAUCAGAUACAAUUAGAAUUAAUUUCAUACCAUUCAUUAAUAAAAAGGAAGUACUUGGUAAUAAUGAUAUAAUUUCAAUUGGUUUAAGAGCAUUCAGAAUUGAAUUUUUUGCACCAGUUUAUGUUGAUAAUUUAAUUUUACCAAAGAAUAUUCAACCACAACAACAACAACAAAAACAACAACAACAACAACAACAACAACAACAGGCACCAACCGCACAGAAAAAAUUAAAACAAGAAGUUGAACAUAUUUUAACAGCAGCAACAACAACACCAACAACAACAACAACAAAACCAAAAAAACUAAAAACUGCACCACCAACCACUGUAGCAUCAUCAUCAACAAUACCAAAAACAACAACAACAAAAAAGCAAGCAAUAGAACAACCAUCAAAAUCAAAUUUGAAAUCUAGCCAAAAUAAGCUUUCAACAACCACAACAACAACAAUAACUUCAAAACCACCAUUAAAUAAAUCAUCAAUUGAUGGUGAUACUCGUUCAGAAUCAAGUAAAGCAUUACAAGGACUAAAACCUAAAGAACAAAAAAAAGAUAUAAUGAAAAGCUUAAUCAGUUCCAAAAAAGCAAAUACUCAUGAAGAAAAAGAAGAAGGUGAAAGUGAAGAAGAAGAGGAGGAGGAAGAAGAAGAGGAAGAGGAAGAGGAAGAAGAAGAAGAAGAAGAACAAUUAGAAGAUAAACAGAAACAAACAAAAACUCCUAUUUCACAAAAUAAAUCAGCAUCAUCAAAUAUUAAACCAUUAUCAAAAACUUCUAAAUCAAAUCCACCACCACUAUCAGCAGCAACAAAAAGCAAUCCAGUUGUCAAGAAAAUCACAUCGACAACAGUAACGAGAACAACUAAAAAAGCAGAUACUGAAACAAAACAAGAAAUUAAAAUAACUAAAUCAUCCACUACCACCAAACAACAAACACAGGAAGAAAUUGAACAAGAAUUAAAACUUGAAUCAAUUAGAAAAAGAAUUGAACAAUUUAUAAAUAAAUUUGAAAAAGAAAUUAAUGAUAAUGAUUUUAAAGAUUUAGAUGAGGGUAAAAGAAAAAUUAAGGAAUCACUUGAUUUCAUAUCAAAAACUAAAUAUGAGUUCCAAGGAACUACUUCAAAUCCCGGUGAUGUGGAAUCCACUCCAUUGGAUAAAUGGUUCAAGAAUAUUCCAUAUGAAGAUUUUGUAGAUUCUUUCAAACUUAAAUAUUAUUCCAUUAUUACUGAACCAGUUUCAAUAACAUCAAUAUUAAAUAAACUAAAGAGUGGUCCAAACUAUCAAUUGGCAGAGGUUUUAAAAGAUUUUAAACAAAUGUUAAUAAAUGUUACACUUUAUCAUAAAGAACCAAAUGAAUAUUGGUGGAUCUCUCAUCAAUGUAAUAUUCAAUUCUAUAAAUCUUUAUUAGAAACAGGUUUAAUAACACAAGAUCAAUACCAAAUUCAAUAUCAAACUUCAAAUAAUGAAAUAGUAAAGCUUGAUAAAACUUUAAACUUAGUUCCAAAAUUAGUUGUCGUUGAAAAUAAUGAUGAAGAUGAUAAUAAUGAUGAUGAAGGAAGCAAAAAAGCAGUUCUUGUUGAUGAAGAUGAAGAUGAAUGUUUAAACAAUCAAAAUAAUCCAACAACAUAUGAUAGUGAUGGUGAUUUUGUAACCAAACAAAGUGAUCAAGAAAGCGAUGAAGAAAGCGAUGAAGAAAGCGAUGAAGAAAGCGAUGAAGAGAGAGAUCAACUUUCUGAAGAAGAAGAUCAAGAAGCAACCAACUAA